AUAGUGGAAGCAAUAUUUUUGGUAAAAUAAUAAAUUUUACUAGUAGAUUACUAUUUUAGAGUAUUUUAUUUAUAGUGGGGGCUGGUCAAGAUUCAGUUACCAUGUAGUUGGGAGAGAGAUCCUGUCAUAAGACCACUACAAUCCUCUUGUUUUUCUCUUUCUCUCUGUGUUUUUUGAGAGAUUCAAGAAAAUCUUGGUGACCCAAUUCAAGAAUCUUCAAGAAAUUCUACAGUUAGCUAUUCUCAGAACAUCAUGGAUGAUGAAUAUGAAAAAUUUAUCAGAAGAAUGAAUCCACCAAGAGUGGUGAUUGACAAUGAUUCUUGCAAAAAUGCUACUGUAAUACAGGUGGAUAGUGCUAACAAACAUGGAAUACUUUUAGAGGUGGUACAAAUUUUAACUGAUCUUAAUCUUGUUAUCACUAAGGCUUAUAUUUCAUCUGAUGGUGGAUGGUUCAUGGAUGUUUUCAAUGUGACUACUCAAGACGGGAACAAGAUUACAGACGAAGCGAUGUUGGAUUAUAUCAUGAAGUCUCUUGGUCCGGAUUCUAGUUUCGCGUCAUCAAUGAGACGAUCAGUUGGACUUACUACAGGAAUGGACUACACUUCAAUUGAGUUGAUCGGAAGUGAUAGACCGGGGCUAUUGUCUGAGAUGAGGGCUGUCCUCACGAAUCUCAAAUGCAAUGUGGUUAAUGCUGAGGUGUGGACUCAUAACACCCGAGCAGCAGCUAUAAUGCAAGUUACAGAUGAGGAAACGGGAGGUACAAUUAAUGAUCCGGAAAGGUUGUCUAUGAUGAAGCAACUUUUGUGUAAUGUACUUAGAUGUAGCAAUAAAUUAAGGGAUGCUAAGACAAUAGUAUCUGACGGGGUCUCUCAUACCGAGAGAAGGCUUCACCAGCUAAUGUUUGCAGACCGAGAUUAUGAACGUGCUGCUGGUGAAGUAUCGGAUGAAAAAGGAAGGCCUAAUGUGAGUGUUGUUAAUUGGCAAGAUAGGGACUAUUCCGUUGUGACAAUCCGGUGCAAGGAUAGACCAAAGCUUCUAUUUGAUACAAUUUGUACGCUGACCGAUAUGCAGUAUGUGGUUUUCCAUGGUAAUGUUGAUGCUGAAGGACCAAUAGCCCACCAGGAGUACUGCAUACGACAUAUAGAUGGUUCCCCGGUGAAAUCAGACGCAGAGCGCCAACGAGUGAUUCAAUGUCUUGAAGCAGCUAUAGAAAGAAGGGUAUCUGAGGGAUUGAAACUAGAACUAUGUACCACGGACAGAGUAGGACUACUCUCCAAUGUUACUAGGAUCUUCCGCGAGAAUAGCCUCACAGUCACCAGAGCAGAAGUAACAACUAGAGCUGGCAAAGCUGUUAAUAUAUUCUAUGUUCGUGAUUCGUCAGGGUAUCCUGUUGAUGCUAAGAUCAUAGAAUCUGUUCGUCAGACAAUCGGACAGACGAUACUUAGAGUGAAAGGCAACAUUGGAGAGUUAAAUCCAGUUCCACAAGAAUCUCCAACCAGGUUCCUUUUUGGUGGUUUAUUCAAGUCUAGAUCCUUUUGUAAUUUCGGGUUGGUUAGGUCGUAUUCUUGAAAAACACACGAUCUAUUCCUCGUCGCGUGUACAUCUGAUCCCCUCUGCAUCAUCAAACCUACAUUGGUUCUUGCUAGGUUUUAAAGGCAUGUCAUUUGUCUGUAAAUAUGCUUUCGUAGUCGUUUUGCUAUGGUCAUUGGUUGUGGUUCAAUACCAUGUUGACCCAAUGGAUAAGCUAUGUUUAAAGUCAGUUUGAUCAGCUUAUAAGCUUUAGUUAAGUGCUCUUAUGGUCUUUUGUUUUUAAUAUAUUUUCGUGAUCAUUUAGCUUUGUCUAUUUGAUUAUGGUUCAACA